AACAUAGAGCUCAAAUUCCCGAGACACGUCCUUUGGCCAGAUUCAUGGCAUGGGCUCGUAGCCACGCCACGACAUCACCCGCCCGCCGGCCCGGGCGGCCACUGAAUUCUCCUCGACUGGCCACGUCGACCGCGGGCGGCGGGCGCGCAUAUAAAUAGUUCGCCGGUGCAACCAUUCGUUCGUCAUAGAUCUUGUGCUAAUUAUCAGUUACUCCAUGGAUAAAGGCAUUCACGGCAGGAGCCCUCUUUCUGCAGAGUCGGCCGGCAUGGAGCACGGGGACGGACUCGGCGGUCCAGACCCUGGCGGGCAGCAGCGGGAGGAGGAGGAGAUCAGUGACUCCGAAUCAGGCUCUGAAUCGCUCGAGAUCUCCGACCUCAAGAAGCGCAUGUGGAAGGACCAGAUGCUGCUCACGAGGCUCGAGGGCCGCGCCGGCGCCAGGGGCAUGGCGCCGGCUCCAGCUGCCCGCGCAUCCUCGUCGUCAUCGUCGGGCCAGGAGGAAACCCCCGACGUGCGGUGCCGCCGCAAGGCCAUGCUGCGGGCGCAGGACGGCGUGCUCCGGCACAUGCUCAGGAUGAUGGAGGCCUGCAACGCGCGCGGGUUCGUGUACGGCGUCAUCGACGAGGCCGGCGAACCCAUGUCCGGCUCCUCCGACAGCCUCCGCGGCUGGUGGAAGGAGAACGUGAGCUUCGACCGCGCCGGCCCAAUGGGCCUGGCCGGCCCCAUGGGCGAGAGCCCGGUCGCCCUGGCCUCCUCCCUCCAUCGUCUCCAGGACAUCCAAGAUAGCACGCUCGGAUCCGUGCUCUCCGCGCUCAUCCAGCACUGCGAGCCACCGCAGAGGAGCUUCCCGCUGGAGCGCGGCCUGGCGCCGCCGUGGUGGCCGACGGGGCACGAGCCCUGGUGGGGCACGCAGGGCGAGAUGCAGGCCCACCAGGGCGUGCCGCCGUACCGGAAGCCGCACGACCUGAAGAAGGCGUGGAAGAUCUCCCUGCUCAGCGCGGUGAUCAAGCACAUGAGCCCGCGCUUCGACCAGAUGCGCAAGCUCGUGUGGCAGUCCAAGCGGCUGCAGCAGAAGAUGAGCGCCAAGGAGUCCGAGACCUGGUCCAAGGUGCUUAGGCAGGAGGAGAAGCUUAGCAGCCGGCUAAAGAGCUCGCUGCGGAUCACGCCGUUCGAUCAGGAGCACGCGGAUGAGGACGAGGACGACGAGGAGGAGGGGAAGAAGAAGAAGGUUGGGAAGGAGAGGGACGACGAUGGCCUGGAGAGCGUUGUGCGCGGCGCGCAAGACAAACGCAAGCGCGAGAUCUCUCGCAGCGGCAGGUCGGGUGGGAGCGGAUCAGAGCUGACCAUAAUGCUGCCGGAUCAGCUCGCUACUGCGAUCACAGAGGAGAGCCGGAGCCCGAUCGACGAGCUCAUGAAGCUGUACUAUGGCUGCAUGCAGGGUGUCGAAACCUAUGGUGACCGGGAAAAGGACGAUCUGACGCCGAUGCAUUCCGUAUUGCUGGGCGGCAUAGAUGAGGUGGCGCAGGAUGUGCUCUAUGAUAUCAUCGGGAGCUGCCCUGAAGUAGAUCAUGUGCUGCGCUUAAUGGGAGAGUGACAUAGCCACGCAGUCAGUUGUCCUACCUAUGUCUAUGUUAUGCACGGUUAUUAGUUAGGAGUAUUAUUGAAUACUUUUACUGCACUAUUUCCAUGUUGGGAUUGCUUUUUCGUUUUGAGAUGUUGGUAUUGUUAGUUAGGGAAGGGUAUUUCAUAUGUCAUGAAAUACGGCGUAUGAUCAUUUCUCUUAUGUGACAACUUUGUACUAAAUCAGUGACACUUAUUGUGGGGUGGAGAGAG